AAAAAUAAUAAUGCAUUAUAAUCAAGCUUGCUGUUAACCAGGUACAUAUCUCAGAUUGUUCUUUUAUCUUAACAAGAAAAACUAGUGGCACAGGGAAUAUAGACAGUGGUCAUUUUUGAGGUUGUUUUACAACACGUGCGUUGUGCAAACAAACUAGCAUUUGAAGCAUUAAAAAAAAAAGGAAUGAAUAUUUUAUAUGUAUGAUAAGAAGUGAAGUUAGUGAAAAACUUUAUACUGAUUCUGAUUGGCUAAAAGUGCUGUCAAUCUCACUUUGGAGGCUGUCGCUAUAUUGUAUUGGCUGUAGCAAUUCGAAGGCGUUACCAAUCACAACAAUCGACCAAGCCAUUACGGAGAUACAGCCUUACGUGACCACAGAAGCUGCACAGCGGUUUGACCAGCGUUACGCACAGAACGCAUAACGCACAGCUUGUUUUGUACGUGUUUGCAGCUUUAUUUUAACUUUCUUUGACGGAAGAAUGGCAGUGCAAGGACCAAUUAGUGGUCAUAGUACAGUGGAAGUACUCCGAAUGCUGGAGGAGGACGACGGGAGCCUGGCUUGUGCUCUGGAUUCAUCAUCAGAUGACGAGGAUCUGCUCGGUCCCGCACAGGACAACGGCGAUGACGUGGAUUACGUCCUUCCAUCGUCGGAAAGUGAUGACGAUUACGAGCCACUCUCUGCCAGUGUCCGAGGAUCUGCAAAGAAGCCCCGGCCAACACAUUGUCGAAGAACGGCGGUAACACCUCAGUCAGGACCAUCAACACCUUCCUCCACCAUUAAGAAGAAUAAACGCUCCUCUCUGGGAACUUCUCCAGCUACCAAGCGUAGAAAACAAUUGUUUGCACCUAUAGAGGAUGACGAGGACGAGUGGCAUAACAAAGAGGAAGAGGACAGCAAACCCGAACUACCCAAAUUCAUGCCGGCCAGGACCCCAGGCCCCACAUUUCACACCACCGCGGCAUGGUCUCCCCUCAGCCUCUUCCAGCUUUUCUUUUCAGCGUCUGUUGUCCAAAAAGUCAUUGACAACACAAAUGCCAACGCUGCCAGAAGACGAAAAGCUGGGUUGAAGUUCAAGUGGGAAACGCUCACGGUGAAGGAGUUCUACACAUUCCUAGCCAUUCUUCUUUUCAGUGGCCUUGUGAGCGUACGCCACAGGUCUGAUUACUGGAGGAAGAGAUGGCCAUACAACUUCUCCUUCCCCGGUGACCAAAUGAGCAGGGACCGCCUUGAGGCAAUUAUAUGGUCACUUCACCUCAGCGACCCAAAAGACGAUGAGGAAAAUGACAAAAAAAAGGGCACUCCUGAGUAUGACAGACUUUUCAAGCUGAAGCCCCUCUAUACGGAGAUUGUGAACGCCUGCAAAGCCCAUUUCCAGCCAUAUCGGAAUCUGUCCAUUGAUGAGCGGAUGGUUGGAAGUAAAGCCAGGAUCAGCAUGAAGCAGUACAUGAAGAACAAGCCGACAAAGUGGGGUUACAAACUGUUUGUGUUGGCUGAUUCACUGACAGGCUAUACCUGGAAUUUCUUCAUCUACACAGGCAAAAGUGAGUCCCCCACAACUCGCGGUCUGAGUUACUCAGCAGUGAUUGACCUUUUGCCUCUUCCUCUCCUUGGUAGCGGCUACAACUUGUUUACAGACAAUUACUAUACAAGCCCCGCUCUCUUCAAUGAUCUGUCCGAGAAGAACAUUGCCUGUUGUGGGACUAUUCGACAACAUCACACUGGCUUCCCUCAAAACCGGACCAACGACCUGCCCAAAAAGGCUGAGAGGGGGGACAUACGUUGGAUCAGGGAUGGCAAACUCCUCUUCGUAAAGUGGAUGGACACGAGAGAGGUUGCAAUGUGCUCCACGAUGCAUCAGGCCUACAGUGGACUGACAGUGAAGAGAAAGGUGAAGGAGGCUGGGGAGUGGAAAAACAAGCUCAUACCAGUUCCGGACAGCAUCAUCGACUACAACCGCAACAUGGGUGGUGUGGAUUUAUCGGAUGCACUGAUGACAUAUUACAACAUCAGCCACAAGACCAUGAAGUGGUACAAGACUUUGUUUUACCACUUUGUGGAAAUCGCUACAGUGAACAGUUUCCUCUUACACAAGGAGCUGUUCAAGUUGAGGAAGGACCCUACUCAAACAAAGCCCUUCACCCAAAAGACCUACAGGGAGCAGUUGGCCCAGGAGAUGCUUGAGUUUGCUAAAGGCUCAGCAGCCAUCCCACCCGCUCCCUCCACAUCUUGCAUGCCCAUAUUCCUUGACAACCAGGAAAAUCGGGCCAGGAGGUAUUGUAAGAGGUGCCAUGAUGCUGAAAGGCCCAGGGUGAAGACACCUGUGAUUUGCAGGAGGUGUAAGGUUCCUCUCUGCCUCAGCGCAAAAAGGAACUGCUUCCAGCUGUGGCAUGAUGGGCAGUAACUUGGACGUGAUGGAUGUGUGUAAAUAAAUGGACAAUAGUAUAAAUAGUUGUUUUAGUUUUAUGUGUGUACAGUUUUUAUAGAAAUAUU